AUGGGUUCAUCUCAUGGAGAAAUACGAACAGCUCGCGCUGGGAUAAAGCUACUGUUGAUGGUAGUGUUUUUGGGCACUCUCAUGAUGUGGAUCAUGAUGUCUACCAACACUUACUCCCACAAAUGGUUGCCUUAUUUACGAGCAAAGUAUAAUUUUUCUAAGUUUUUUGGAGUACAAGGUGUAACGCUUUUGAUUUACACCUUUCCCAUUCUCUUCAUUGCUGUCUCGGCCUGCAUAUACCACCAUCUUGGAAAGAAAUUGAAUGACUAUAAACUGGAAAGCACUGACGGCAGAAAAAAUAUAUUGACCUUAUGGAAAAAGCCGAUGCUCGUAAAAGGUCCUCUAGGGAUUGUUUCCGGCAUCGAGUUGGGCUUCUUUGUCAUGUUCAUAGCACUCCUGAUUUGGUCUCUCUCGAAUUACCUGCAUAAUAGCUUUGCUCAUAUCACCCCACAAUCAGCGGCUGAGGAAGUUGAGAAAGUAUGGCAAGCAAAGUUGGACAGUGCAGGAUUGAGGCUAGGUCUUGUUGGAAACAUAUGUCUUGCAUUUCUCUUCUUUCCGGUGGCACGGGGGUCGUCGGUGUUACCACUUUUUGGCUUAACAUCGGAGGCUAGCAUCAAGUAUCAUAUAUGGCUUGGCCACAUCGUCAUGGCAUUCUUCACCGCUCAUGGCCUUUGUUACAUCAUCUAUUGGGCUGUUACUAAUAAUAUUUCAGAGAUGGUAAAAUGGCAUAAAAUUGGCAUAUCAAACGUUGCCGGAGAGAUAUCUUUGGUCUCCGGUUUAGCGCUGUGGGCAACAACCAUUCCUCGCGUACGCCGCAAGUUCUUUGAAAUUUUCUUUUAUACUCAUUAUCUCUACAUACUCUUCGUGGUGUUUUUCAUAUUUCAUGUUGGUGUCUCUUAUGCCUGCAUUAUGCUUCCUGGAUUCUAUCUCUUCUUGGUCGAUCGUUAUCUGAGAUUCUUACAAUCACGACAAAGAGUUCGUUUAGUUUCUGCCCGUGUCUUGCCAUGUGAAACUGUAGAACUCAACUUCUCCAAAGCGCCAGGGUUGAGUUAUAAUACGACAAGCAUUAUGUUUGUAAACGUGCCAAGCAUUUCGAAGUUGCAGUGGCAUCCUUUUACUAUUUCGUCUAACAGUAAUUUGGAACCAGAGAAACUCAGUAUGGUCAUUAAAAGUGAAGGAAGUUGGUCCAAGAAACUUUAUCAGAUGCUUUCAUCGCCUUCUUCAAUCGAUCGUCUCGAGGUCUCUGUUGAGGGACCUUAUGGACCUGCUUCAACUAAUUUUCUAAGGCAUGACACACUUGUGAUGGUGAGUGGAGGCAGUGGCGUUACUCCUUUUAUCUCUAUAAUUCGAGAACUCAUCUUUGCGAGUUCAACAAUCAAAUGCAAGACUCCACAAGUAAUCCUAAUUAGUUCAUUCAAGAGCUCUUCGGAUCUAACCAUGUUAGACCUCUUGCUUCCAGUUGCUGGAACCCCACCAGACCUUUCCGAUUUGAAACUACAAAUUGAGGCUUUUGUAACAAGGGAGAAACAACCUGCGACAGAAAACUCAAAGCGCCCUCAAGCCAUAUGGUUUAAGCCUAAAGCAACAGAUGCACCCAUAACUUCAAUUUUAGGCCCCAACAGCUGGCUAUGGCUUGGCGCAAUAAUAUCAUCAUCAUUUGUCAUUUUCCUCAUCUUGAUUGGGAUAAUUGACACCUACUACAUUUAUCCCAUUGAUCACAACACAAAUAUGAUUUUCUCCAGCUCUAUAAGAGAAUUCUUGAAUAUGUUAUUUAUAUGUAUCUCCAUAGUCGCGACAGCUAGUGCAGCAGUGAUUUGGAACAAGAAACAAAAUACCAUGGAAGCAAAGCAAAUACAGAGCAUGGAAGGAGUAACUGUAGGUGGAUCAUCCGACUCUUGGUUCUAUAAUGGUGAUACAGAACUGGAAAGCCUCCCACACCAGUCUGUUGUCCAAGCUACCAAUGUGCACUAUGGGGAAAGACCCGACCUAAAAAGAAUGCUGUUUGAUUGCCAAGGAUCGAGUGUUGGAGUUCUGGUUUGCGGACCAAAGAAGAUGAGACAUGAAGUUGCAACAAUUUGUUCAUCUGGUCUGGCAGAUAAUUUGCAUUUUGAAUCUAUUAGCUUCAGCUGGUGAUUUGCUCGUCUUCUACCAAGGUUCGUACCACUUUAGGGGUACUUGAAUGUGGAGGGUGCAGCAUCAAUUUCUCUGCUAGAUGCACAGUUUGUGUUUAAUUUUAGUAAGUGAAGCUGUAGAAGAAUAAAAUUGUUUUUCAAUUUUUUUUAUAAAUUUUUUUUGUAAGUGUAAAUUUCCUUCUGGUGUAUGUUGAAAGUUUUCUAGGCAUAAAACCAUUGCACCUUAUUGCGAUUAA